GGCGGCUGCCUCUGAUUGGCCGACGCUGACGGCCUCCGAGCCAUUCCGAGCCAAUGAAAUGCGUCCCGGCUUCUCAUAUAAGCCGUCGCCGGAGGGGGCGUGAGCGUAUUGAUGUCGCCAGAAUUCCACUACCUGCCGCGCAAUAGAAAACACCUGGUAGCAGUACAGAUUCUGCCUCAUGAUCUUCUAUUAGUCCACAAGACAUUAAGCAGUACAAGAUUCAGUGUGUGUAGCUGUCAUAUUUCAACUUGCCACAAGGCAUAUUUUAAGACUUACUUGACUCCAGAAUGGCUGCACCAGCAAAUGAGAGGGGCCGUCCAAAGGUCCGUUUCUUUGACUGGUUGAUCAAUGAGAUCAACAGUGGAAGAUAUAAAGAAAGCGUGGCCUGGACUGAUGACACCCACACAACCUUUCGUAUCCCUUGGAAGCACAAUUCAAGGAAGAACCUUGUGGCAAGUGAUUACAAGAUUUUCCAGGCGUGGGCUAUGGUCAGCGGAAAGUACAAUGAAGGUGUACUAAACCCAGCCAGAUGGAAAACCAACUUCCGCUGUGCCUUAAACAGUACAAAAAGAUUUGAAGAAGUUGAAUCGGAAUACCCUGACUACCACGUGUACCGAAUCAUCCCCUGCAGCCGCAACUCUACACCGCCUGUUAAUCCUCCUGCCGACACAAUCAGUGGAAGUAACCAGGAAGUUGAUCAGUUGCAUAUGAGCCCCUGCAGUGACGGAUCCCCAGCUCUACACCAGUCUACAACCCAGCAGGAGAUCGAUGAUAUUUUUAAAUCCCUGUCACUGGAAAAUCCAUGCCCAGAUGUGCUCCAGUGGGUUUUGCAGCAAGCUGACAUUGAUGAAGUUUCACAAGUCUCCUGGGCUCCUGUCCCAGAACAUCCUCUAGCAGGGGAAGUUGCACAUACAAUCCCUUGUAUCGACCAAAACAGCUGCUUGCCUCUGGUGCCUGGAGUAGUGAGUGAACCACUGGCAAAUAACGGUUGUAAAGUAGCAGACGGCUGGCUGGCUGCACGUCCACCAAAUGUGAAUUCCCAGCCAAUUGCCGUUCAUCCACUGCAGCUUCCUCAACAAAAUACACCUCCUGGGAUAAAUCAAGCUAACCAUGUGGGAGAAGCCCUGUAUGAUAACAACUUCAUUGAACACGUUUUCCUGAAUGAAGAACCUCAGGGAAAUGGAGUGAUGAGCAACCUGUUGAGAAAUGACUGCCAUCUGUUUCCAAGCCAGCAAGCCAUGGUGGAACAGAAGACAUUUGCACUUCCAGUUGCCCCUUCCCCACUAGAACAACCCCCCCUUCAUGCUGCUCCACUGCAGAACAAUGCAGGAUGUGCCCCUCUCAAUCUGGAUGUCUCUAUCUACUACCGCGGGAAGCUGCUGCACGAAGCAGGAGUAGAAUUUAACAGCUGUAUGUUCACAUACAACCCAUACUAUGAAAUUGGAGGAAACCCGCAGAUACAACAUGUUCUAUUUCCAAACCCGGAGAUCCUUCCUGAUCAAAAGCAAGUUAAUCAUACCUUGACACUGCUGAAGAAUGCGGGUCUGCUGCUGUACCAGAAGAACAAUAAGAUCUGUGCCUGGCGAAUUGGUCGAUGUAAGGUCUUCUGGGCUUUCUCCAAAGAGUUGGACCACACAGCACCGCGUCCUCCACCCAGGCUGUUGGGACGGGAGGAAGAAACUGACAUCUUCAACUAUGAAAGAUUCUGUCAAGAACUGAGGGCUUUCCGUGAUGGUCAGAGAUGUUCCUCUCCUGACUACACCAUCUACCUGUGCUUUGGCCAGUCCUUUGCAUCUGACAAACCCAAGGAAUCCAAGCUCAUCUUGGUGAAGUUGGUGCCGAUGGUUUGUAAGCAGUGGCAUGAAGACCUGCAGAGGCAAGGCUUCUCAUCCUUGAACAGUGAAAACUUGAGCCUGCAACUCUCCAACAGCCUGUAUGAUAUGAUAGAGCAGCUAACUACCAUGAUGGAGAUGGAUUAGUUCAUGUUUCUUGUCAAGAUCUCAAAUAGUAAGACUGGAGUGUGUGGGUUUGUAUGCGUGUUCACAUUCGCAAGGGGUCACUUCCACAUUUGGCUUGCAUGAGAAGCUACAGUAAAACCCACUUUUUUGGUCUCUGUAUUCUGUCACCCUGCAUAACUUCUGCUUUUUAUCUGAGGCUGGAACUAACAGGUGCACAUCACCAUAGUGGUGCACUUCAUAAAGCUUUUGGGAACAGGGUUACAAUCAGGGUUGAAUUUGCAUCCUGCCCUUCAGCCCAAAAGAUUCUAGGAAGGUAUGUUGCAAUUAUAAAAUAAAAUAAAAAAUAAACCAACAACAUAAAAGUAAAUAUUGGGAAACAGAUAAUAAAAAUAACAAAGCCAAAAUGGCAAUCUAGCAGCGUUCCAGUUCUCAGCCAGUUAUAUAUACACCUGAUAAAACAAAUGCACUGUCUGUACACCAUGCUAAAAACAGGGCUGUGUGUACUCCAUGCUAAACAGGAAAAAAAAUCUGCACCAUGAGAUGCAAAUUCUGUGUCCUGUAGAAAUUGUGCAGGUUAAUCUGAUUAGCACAACUUGUUCACAUUUUGCAUGUCUUUAUGGGUAAAGCAAGAUUGCUGAAGCCCUGCUCCAAACUGCUAAAAAACAUUUACCCAGCCAGGUCUCUGGCUUCUAAGGGUUCAUCAGGCACACUUUAAAUCAUCUUCAUGGCAAGAAGUAGAAGGUGAAAGCUGAUAUUCUCAGGAAGCAGAGUUCUGAGCUCAAACCACAACCUGCAGAUUUCCUCCUCUUGGAUGCCUCCGACGUGCACACAGCCCUUCAAGUGAAGGAAGAUGAGUUUCUCUUCCCCCGUCUCAAAGUUGUAGCUCAGUGGUAGAGCAUCUGCUUUGCAUGCAGAAGGUCCCAGGUUCGAUCCCUGGCAUCUCAAAGUAGGACUGGGAGAGAACCAU